CUUUCACAGAUCAGCUCUGGCCUCGGCUCAUCAGGGUCAGCCUUUACCCAAAACCCUCAGCGUGAUGGAGAGCACGCCGCAGGUCCGAGGCAUGCACACCAUCAUCAGGAACAAGGACACCAACAGAGACGAGUUUAUCUUCUACUCUAAGAGAUUAAUGAGGCUUCUGAUAGAACAUGCUCUCUCCUUUCUUCCUCUCAAGCCCGUGUCCGUGGAGACGCCGCAGGGUGGCGUCUAUGACGGGAAGAGGCUGAGCGGUAAAAGAAUCACAGGCGUUUCCAUCCUGAGAGCAGGAGAGACCAUGGAGCAGGCUCUGAUGGCUGUGUGUAAAGACAUCAGGCUGGGAAAGAUCCUCAUCCAGACCAAUCACGACACAGGAGAACCAGAGCUUCACUACCUCCGCCUGCCCAAAGACAUCAGUGAGGACUACGUCAUCCUGAUGGACAGCACCGUGUCCACGGGAGCUGCAGCCCUCAUGGCCGUCAGAGUGCUGCUGGACCACGAUGUAGCCGAGGAUAAGAUCUUCCUGUUGUCCCUGCUGAUGGCGGAGAUGGGGGUCCACUCGGUGGCGUACGCCUUCCCUAAAGUACGCAUCAUCACCACCGCCGUGGACAAGGAGGUCAACGACCAGUUCCACAUCAUUCCAGGCAUCGGUAAUUUUGGCGAUCGUUACUUCGGCACUGACGCUCCGUCAGACUGGUGCGAGAGCGACGAGGGGAUGGACUUCUGAGGAGCGAGCUCAUCAUCGGGGUUGUUCCUAAAAGCACUUAGAGCUGUGAGGACGGUGACAAACAGACACUCCUUCACUCCAUCCUGACCCAUGAGGUGACGCUGUAAACCUGUUGCUACCUGCUCACAUGAGAGGACUGAGUAACAUACGCACUAGUAUCCACUUCUGAGGCCUCACUCUGUGUGUUUGAGUUUCAGAUUAAGGUUUUCAGCGUGUAGGAGCAUUUAAGGACAUGAAACAUUUCUAUUACGCACAUCAGUUUGUGUUUUUAACAAAGUCUGCAACACAGUCUGCUCUGUGCAGCGUCAACAAACCGGCUGACACAGGACUUCCACCAGAUCCACGUCCGGUCCGUCUCAAAUUCGCUGCAGUCCGGCUCAGUGCUCUCUCAACACCCACCGUUAGUGUUUACAGAACGGAGCAUGGAGCAGGACCGCCGGACAGCUGGAUUCAUGUGACCGGAUUCAAGGAUUCUCCUCCUCCUCCUCCUCUCCUCAUCCAUGUUGUCUUUCUGGUCCUCUGAAAACCUCUGACCUGUUGACUCCAGGCCUGGCUCCGCUCAUCAUGACUUUGGUUUGUCGUUGUAGUUAAAGUGAAAUACGAUCUGGUGAUAACACAGAGUGUUUUAUUCUGAAAAUUAACCGGAUGUUUUCAUUUUGUUUUGGUGAAACCUGACUUCCUGUCCCGCUCCAUCUGCUCUGUUGAGAUUGAUGCGUCGUGCUCCGGCAUCCGGCACAAAUAGAAGUCUUGCAUCUCUGAUCUGGAGGGCUUUGACCUGCCGGAUCAGAGACGGAACGCAACGGAGCGGCUCCAGUGGAAGUUAACACAUUGACUAGAAUAGAAACCGGACACAGAUCAGGUGGAAUUUCACCGCGAGGUUGUCAGAGAACAUCAAAUCAUGACUAUUUCAUAAGCCAUAUACACAUUCCAGGGCUUGGACCAAACCAGAAAAGCUUGUUAGGAUAGAAUAAUGCCGUCACACACACACACAAAGAUCAUGAAACUUCCCUUAGCUGCUGAUGCUGACGCUUAUAUACCUGCAUGUGCAAACUGGAGCGCCCGUUAUCUGCUUUAAACAAAGACUUUAUAAAGUUCAGUUGAGACAUUAAACAUCGAGGAGAACAUUAUCUAGAACUCCAGCUUCUGUGAGUCCCUCCAGUAUAAGCUUCUAUGUUCGCCUGGCUUUAAACGGCACAUAUGCACGUCAGAUCCUGAGGUUACUUUAAAGGUUCAUACGUCUAUGACUGAACCCACUCACUGUUACGUUUUCACUGCAAUCUCAAAAGUGCUGCCAACUUCAUCUUUAUGCUUGAAUAUAAUUUUGAUAAUGAUGCCAGGUUUUGUCUUUGAAGCUGCAGAGGAGAGAUGUUGAGUUCUUGUACUCUCUGUGCCGACAUAAAUCAGACAUUGUUGAUAAAUAAUAGCUAGAAAAAGAAACCUAGAGCUAUGGAGGAUCAAUCCUGUGCUUUAAUUCUUAUCAGAAAUAAUCAAACCCAAACAUUUGUUUUGCACAAACACGUUAACGCCUGAUUUUUAAAUUGAAUUCUCUCUGAAUCGCGCUGGAAGAAAAGUUACUUUACUUGACGAAGCUCCCUGAGUCUGAGGGGAAUAUAUUAUUUCUAGUUAGCAUUGUCUAGUUAUUGUACGCUUCAGCUUUUUGUACUGUAUAUAAUUUAAUCUCAGGCGACUUUCACUGAAAGAACAACGAGGAGUUAAACUUGAAGAAGAAGAAGACGGAGCGAUGAUGAAGGGAAGCAAUUAAAUGUUGUUUUUUAUGUUGAACUUUAAAGAUCAUUGCUGUACUU